AUGGGAGACUGGAGUUUCCUGGGGAACAUCUUGGAGGAGGUGAAUGAGCACUCCACGGUCAUCGGCCGCGUAUGGCUCACGGUGCUUUUCAUCUUUCGGAUCCUUAUCCUCGGUACUGCUGCAGAGUUCGUGUGGGGGGAUGAGCAGUCCGACUUCGUGUGCAACACCCAGCAGCCAGGUUGCGAGAACGUCUGCUACGAUGAGGCCUUCCCCAUCUCCCACAUCCGUCUCUGGGUCCUGCAGAUCAUCUUCGUCUCCACGCCGUCGCUGGUGUACGUGGGGCACGCGGUGCACCACGUCCGCAUGGAGGAGAAGCGCAAGGAGCGCGAGGCCAAGGAGCUGAGCCAGCAGUCGCCGGGCAACGGCGGCGAGAGGGCGCCCCUAGCGGCGGACCAGGGCAGCGUCAAGAAGAGCAGCAGCAGCAGCAAGGGCACCAAGAAGUUCCGGCUGGAGGGGACCCUGCUGAGGACCUACGUCUGCCACAUCAUCUUCAAGACCCUCUUUGAGGUGGGCUUCAUCGUGGGCCACUACUUCCUGUACGGUUUCCGGAUCCUGCCUCUCUACCGCUGCAGCCGGUGGCCCUGUCCCAACGUGGUGGACUGCUUCGUGUCACGACCCACCGAGAAAACCAUCUUCAUCCUCUUCAUGCUGUCCGUGGCCUCCGUGUCCCUCUUCCUCAAUAUUCUGGAGAUGAGCCACCUGGGCCUAAAGAAAAUCCGAUCCGCCUUCAAGAGGCCGGUGGAGCAGCCACUGGGGGAGAUUCCUGAGAAGUCCCUCCACUCCAUUGCCGUCUCCUCCAUCCAGAAGGCCAAGGGCUACCAGCUCCUCGAAGAAGAGAAAAUCGUGUCCCAUUAUUUCCCUUUGACGGAGGUGGGGAUGGUAGAGGCCAGCCCCCUUUCUGCCAAGCCUUUCAGUCAGUUCGAGGAGAAGGUGGGCCCGGGUCCCCUGGGAGACUUGUCCAGGGCCUACCAGGAGACCCUGCCUUCCUACGCUCAGGUGGGUGCCCAGGAGGGAGUCGAGGAGGGGCAGCCCAUAGAGGCGGCCGCAGAACCAGAGGUGGGCGACAAGAGUCAGGAGGCAGAGAGAGUGAGCACAGAGGGCGAAGAGACCCUGGCCGUGCUGGAAGCAGAGAAAGUGGAGCCCCCCGAAGUGGAGAAGGAGGCUGAGAAAGAAGAGACGCCGCCUGAGAAGGUAUCAAAGCAAGAGCUGACGCCUGAGAAGGCGCCUUCGCUAUGUGCGGAGCUGCCAGGGGAAGACACCAGACCCCUGAGCAGGCUGAGCAAAGCCAGCAGCCGGGCCAGGUCAGACGAUCUCACCGUGUGA